GUUUCCCAUGAUUCCUGUGGCCAUGCUAUGACGACAAACAUAUGCGACUGGAGUACACAUUUCACGUUAAGUACGAAUGACAGCUCUGUUGCACAGUCCUAGUGGGUAGGUCAGUAUUUUAAGGGCUACAUAAAAACGUAUUAAUUAUUCAUAUUAAUAUCAGUUUAAAAGCCCGCAGCUGUUCGGCUACAUAGCUCUAAAGUAUGUAGCUUUAGCUAGCUGUCGGGCGUAAAGCUAGCUUGCAGCUCAGGCUGACCGCGUUUAAAGUGAAGCUAACUCACAGAGGACAUAAUAAUGGCUUACACGCACGUAUUGAGGGCUCUGCACCGGAAUCUUCAACAGUCAGCCUCGCAGUUCUCCGUCCAGAAAUGUCUGCUCCUCCACCCACACAGGACCCUGUCCUCGGUAUCCAGACUGACCCUCCAGAGCAGAGGGGAGGCUCCCUCCUCCACCGUCCCAGCUCUGAGCUGCUUCAUCCAGAGACGGCGGGCUUUCUCCCUUUACACCAGCCUUAGAAAUAAAAACAGCCCCGAGGAGAAGAACAAAUCAGUUUCUAGGUUUCAGGGUGGGAGCCCAGAGCCCUCCACUGCUCAGAAAGUGAAAGAUGCUGGCAGAGACUUUACCUACCUGAUUAUUGUACUUAUUGGGCUUGGAGUGACAGGGGGGCUGUUGUAUGUGGUUUUCCAGGAGCUCUUUUCUUCAUCAAGUCCAAAUAAAAUCUACAGUAAAGCCUUCAACAAAGUCAGGUUGGAUCCAGAGGUAAUUGGUGCUUUUGGGGAGCCAAUCAAGUGUUAUGGAGAGACCACUCGUCGAGGAAGAAGGCAACAAGUCAGUCACAUGGAGUACCUGAAGGAUGGACUGAAGCACAUGCAACUCAAGUUUUACAUUGAAGGUUCUGAGCCAGGCCUCAAGGGAACGGUACAUUCAGAGUCAAAAGAGAAUCCCGAAACUGGAAACUAUGAGUUUCGUUACAUCUUUGUGGACAUGGACACAUACCCAAGACGGACCAUCAUUGUGGAAGAUAACCGAUAAAACACAUUACUGUAAAGUUGCUGACAAAGCAUUUGUGUUUCUAACAUUCAGGUUUGUUAUGUGCAAGUAGCCAAAGUCUUUGUUGGAUUUAUCUUUAAAUGAGCAUUAAAUGCUUCAUGGAUAACACAAGCAUUUUUGAGUGAUUUAAACACGACAAAGUCAACAAACUCUAUAUUUGAUAAUGACGUCGGCAAAGCACAACCUCUUCCACUGAUAUGAUCUUGUGUGUAAUAGUUUAUAAAUUGUUGACAUGCAAAACAAAAUAUGGUUUGAAUUUUAAAUAAUUUCAACAACAAAGCUGUUAAAUUUAUAUGUGUAUUUUAUGCAUAGAAACAAUUAUUGAAAAUGAAACACAGCAUUAGUGUUGUCAUUUCACCAAAUGUAAUUAAAACUAAGAACUGGAUUUGGGUUUUAACCCCUUAAAGCCUGUUGUAUCAUAUUUGAUACAUACUUUUAUGCUACCUCUAUCUAAUCAAUAUGAUCAAUAAAUU